AUGGCCUUCUCUUCCCGCCUCUUAUCCAAAUCUAGACAGCUGUGUGGCAAUGGAGUCAUUAUUCAACAGGAGCGUGUUAUUCCAGUCCGUUACUUUGCUAAGGAAGCAAAUCGCCCUGUGCUAAAGGGUGAUGAGAUGCUGAAGAACAUCUUCUUGGAUGUUAAAAAGAAGUUUGAGACAGCCCUUGGAAUACUUCGCAAAGAGAAGAUCACCAUAGACCCAGAGGAUCCAGCCGCUGUUUCUCAGUAUGCCAAGGUCAUGAAAACUAUAAGAGAGAAGGCAGAUCUGUUCUCAGAAUCUCAACGCAUCCAACACACGAUCCAAAGCCGAACACAAGAAAUCCCAGAUGCUAGAACAUACCUGUUGACUUUGAAAGAAAUUAGGAUCAAGAGAGGUAUCACUGAUGAACUUGGUGCAGAGGCUAUGAUGAUGGAUGCAUUGGAGAAGGUUGAAAACGAACUGAAGAAACCUCUUUUGAGGAAUGAUAAGAAAGGGAUGGCUCUUCUCCAGGCAGAAUUUGAGAAAAUAAACAAGAAGCUUGGAAUUCGGAAGGAGGAUCUACCAAAGUAUGAAGAACAGCUAGAACUCAAGAAAGCGAAAGCACAGCUGGAGGAACUUAAGAAGGAUGCUCUUGAGGCGAUGGAAACUCAGAAGAAACGGGAGGAAUUCAAAGAUGAGGAAAUGGUUGAUGUGAAGUCUUUGGACAUCCGAAACUUCAUCUAA